AUGGCAGACACAGGUUCAAUUUCUACCUCUGAGGAGGGAUCGUUCUUUAUAUCCGAGUCCAUGAUAACGGAGGCGGUCAAAGCAAUACGCCCGAUCCCUAGAUUGCCGACGGAGAGAGCCACCAGCAUCUGUUUCACAAAGGUCUACGACGCCAUCGUUCCCGUGCAAUGGACCUUUGACAGUGACUGCAUCGAUAUCGUUCGGGGAGCACCACUGACAUCGGAUGCCCAUUGCUGCCAACACAAAACGGCGGACCAUCCACGGUCAUUCGACCUGAACAGCUCCAAUGAGGCAGCACCACCAGAUCCCCAUUCGAGACCGCCGCCAACUCCAGGGCUGCAAAUGAAGCGAAGUCACAAUGAGACAUCCACGGCGCCUGGCAAUAUUAUCGGCUCCGAGUUUCCAAAGACGGCUGAAUCUGCUGAGCACGAUCCUAAAAGGCCAAAAAAAGAACGCAAAUCCGUUGAAACACUUGUUGGUGACCUUGUUAGUCUGAUACUACUAGGACAAGAGCGUCUGAAGAGGAGGAGGAGAGGCGGGAGACAUCUGUCCGGGAUCCAAGCAAUUCUGUCGCGAUGUGCUGAGGAAGACAGUAAGCAUGUGCUCGGGGAGCUGUCAAAGGAGUUUCACCGUGAGAGCCAGCAGAAGGGCGUUAAGAGCGAUUCCUGGGACUUUUGGUACUUCAAAGGCUGCAUGGACUUCGUCAGCCGCGCGACCGGCGACGUGGCCCAGAGCACCAGCGCAGCCAAGGCGAUAUUCGUGAUCAACUCGGUCGUGGACAGACUGCUCGUCACUGACGGGGUGGUUUCUAUGGUCAUUUUUGGCGCCCUUGCCGAAUCUGGAACCCGUCUUACCUACAUUGCAAGGGCGGACGCUCCAACUCGAGAGAAAAUUAUCAGUCUGGCGGUUCAAGAGUUACACGAGAAGCUGCACAUACCUCCAGCAGGGUAUCAAAUACCUAAUGCGGCUGUCUGGGUUGCCAUGGUGAAGAAUCGGCCCAUGAGUGGGACGCCGGUGUACAGUUUUCAAGAUGCUUGCCGUGACUUGGCUUUCCCCAACCUUGCUGCUUUGGAUCUGGAACCUCAAUGGGUCGGAGACUCAAGCAGCAAAAAUCUCCUUAUGAAGGUAGAUUUCUCUCUGGUGGAAGCAUCUUGGAGGGCCACGGGGGUUAAUGUACAGCAGCCAAUGGCCUCCGAGUCCGAAACCACACAGCCGGACAGCAGCUUUGCCUCCAAUGCAAAUGGAACCCCAAAUGACCAUGAAGCUGGAAAUGUGACGCCAACCGGUCAUACCGGCUUUGGCUUCGGCGACAGUUCAGGGCCGGAACUAGAUUGGCCCAACCUUUACGGAGGUGUUGCCAACAUGGAAAGCAUUGACUUUGGAUGCGAGAGCGAUUUCGGGCAAGGCUCUUUGGACGGUAUCAUGUAUCGAUAG